AUGGCUCGGUUUGGGGAUGAUCUGCCAACCCGCUAUGGAGGUGGAGGGCCGGCCGGGGCUGGAAGAGGGAGCAGCCGGCAAGGUGGCCCCCAAGCCGGCCAAAGGAUGUAUAAACAGUCGAUGGCUCAGAGAGCCAGGACUAUGGCUCUCUACAACCCCAUCCCUGUCAAACAGAACUGCUUCACAGUCAACAGAUCCCUCUUCAUCUUCAGUGAAGAUAAUGUUAUACGGAAAUACGCCAAGCGAAUAACAGAGUGGCCUCCAUUUGAAUACAUGAUUUUAGCUACAAUCAUAGCCAAUUGUAUUGUGCUGGCUCUGGAACAACAUUUGCCGGAUGGAGACAAGACACCGAUGUCAGAGAGAUUGGACGACACUGAGCCGUACUUUAUUGGAAUAUUUUGUUUUGAAGCUGGUAUCAAAAUCAUCGCUCUGGGCUUUGUUUUUCACAAAGGCUCUUACCUGCGCAACGGCUGGAACGUGAUGGAUUUUGUCGUGGUCCUCACAGGGAUUCUGGCGACUGCUGGGACUGACUUUGACCUGCGGACCCUGCGAGCUGUGCGGGUGCUGCGGCCCCUGAAACUCGUCUCGGGAAUCCCAAGCCUGCAGGUUGUCCUCAAGUCCAUCAUGAAGGCCAUGGUGCCCUUGCUGCAGAUUGGGCUGCUCCUCUUCUUCGCCAUCGUGAUGUUUGCCAUCAUCGGGCUGGAGUUUUACAUGGGCAAGUUCCAUAAAACCUGCUUUUCCAACGAGACAGACAGUGAGGAGGUGGGGGAUUUUCCCUGUGGAGAGGAGCCUCCUGCCAGGCAGUGUGAGAGCGGGACCACGUGCAGGGAGUACUGGCAGGGCCCCAACUAUGGCAUCACCAACUUUGACAACAUCCUCUUCGCUGUGCUCACCGUCUUCCAGUGCAUCACCAUGGAGGGCUGGACUGACAUCCUCUACAACACAAACGACGCUGCAGGAAAUACCUGGAAUUGGCUUUACUUCAUCCCUCUCAUCAUCAUUGGCUCUUUCUUCAUGCUCAACUUGGUGCUGGGCGUCUUAUCAGGUGAAUUUGCCAAGGAGCGUGAGCGGGUGGAGAACCGCCGGGCGUUCCUGAAGCUCCGCAGGCAGCAGCAAAUCGAGCGGGAGCUCAACGGGUACCUGGAGUGGAUCUUCAAAGCAGAGGAGGUCAUGCUGGCCGAGGAGGACAAGAACGCGGAAGAGAAGUCCCCUCUGGACGUGUUGAAAAGAGCCGCAAUAAAGAAGAGCAAAAAUGACCUGAUUCAUGCAGAAGAAGGUGAGGACCAUUUCACAGACAUUUGCUCCGUUGGGUCUCCCUUUGCCCGCGCCAGUUUGAAGAGUGGGAAGAACGAGAGCUCGUCCUACUUCAGGAGGAAAGAGAAGAUGUUCCGCUUCUUCAUCCGGCGCAUGGUGAAGGCUCAGAGCUUCUACUGGGUCGUGCUCUGCGUGGUGGCCCUCAACACCCUCUGUGUGGCCAUGGUGCACUAUGACCAGCCCGAGAAGCUGACCACUGCUCUCUAUUUCGCAGAGUUCGUUUUCCUGGGGCUGUUCCUCACUGAGAUGUCUUUGAAGAUGUAUGGGCUGGGGCCAAGGAAUUACUUCCACUCUUCAUUCAACUGCUUUGACUUUGGGGUGAUCGUGGGCAGUAUUUUUGAGGUCAUCUGGGCUGCAGUGAAGCCGGGAACCUCCUUUGGCAUCAGCGUCCUGCGAGCCCUGCGGCUGCUGAGGAUCUUCAAAGUCACCAAGUACUGGAAUUCCCUGAGGAAUCUGGUGGUCUCCUUGCUGAACUCCAUGAAGUCCAUCAUCAGUUUGCUGUUCCUGCUGUUCCUGUUCAUCGUGGUCUUUGCUCUGCUGGGGAUGCAGCUCUUUGGAGGGCAGUUCAAUUUCCAAGAUGAAACUCCAACCACGAAUUUUGAUACCUUCCCUGCUGCCAUCCUCACAGUCUUCCAGAUCCUGACGGGGGAAGACUGGAACGCUGUGAUGUACCACGGGAUAGAGUCGCAGGGCGGCGUCCACUCGGGGAUGUUCUCCUCCAUCUACUUCAUCGUCCUCACCCUGUUUGGUAACUAUACUCUCCUGAACGUCUUCUUGGCCAUCGCUGUGGACAACCUGGCCAACGCCCAGGAGCUGACCAAGGACGAGGAGGAGAUGGAGGAAGCCACCAACCAGAAGCUGGCCCUGCAGAAGGCCAAGGAGGUGGCCGAAGUGAGCCCCAUGUCGGCGGCCAACAUCUCCAUAGCAGCCAAGCAGCAGAAUUCCUCCAAAUCCAAGUCGGUUUGGGAGCAGAGGACGAGCCAGAUCCGGAUGCACAACUUCCGAGCCAGCUGCGAGGCGCUGUACAACGAGCUGGACCCCGAGGAGCGGGUCCGGUACGCCACCACCCUGCACAUCCGGCCCGACAUGAAAACCCACCUGGACCGGCCGCUGGUCGUGGAGCCCCGCGGCGAAGGCAGGAACAACAUCACCAAGCUGAGCCCCGUGGAUGUCCAGGAGGUGGUGGAGCACCCCAAACCCACCUCCACUGACGGGGCAGAAGCGCCACGGAAGCACCACAGGCAUCGGGAGAAGGAGAAGCUGGGAGAGCAGGAGAAGGGAGACGUGACCAAGGACGAGAGCGGCGAAGCCGGGGCUGCCAACAAGGAGGAGCGGCACCGGCAGCACCGGAGCCGCAGCAAGGAGGUGGAAGGGGGCAGCAAGGAAGGGAAAAGCGACCGUAACAGGGGGCAGGAAGGGGGGAAGAGGCACCACCGGCGGGGCUCGGUGGAGGAAGGGGCCGAGAAGGAGCACCGCAGGCACCGCAGCCACCGGCACUCGUCCGACCGGCCGGGCAAGGAGGGCAACGGCACCGCCAACGGUGCCCGCGGCGAGCGGCGCUCCCGGCACCGCGGAGGGUCCCGCUCCGGGAACAGGGACGGAGAGCCCGCGGCCAAGGGGGACAACGCAGAGGAGCCCCACCGGCGGCACCGGCUCAGGAACAGGGCGCUGUCCACCUACGAGUCCGUGGAGAAGGACAGCGGGGAGAAGGAGGGGGAGGCUGGCGAGAAGGAGCACCGGAAUCACCAGCCCAAGGAGAACCAGUGUGAGCUGGAGGCCAGUGGCAGUGGCAGUGGCCCUGGCGGUGUCCCUGUGCACACCCUGCCCAGCACUUACCUGCAGAAGGUGCCCGAGCAGCCCGAGGAUGCCGACAACCAGAAGAACGUGACCAGGAUGAUUCAGCCCCCCCUGGACAAAACCACCACUGUGAACAUCCCUGUCACCAUCACUGCCCCUCCAGGGGAAACCACUGUCAUUCCAAUGAACAACGUGGAGUUUGAGAGCAAACCAGAGGAGAAGAAAGACGUCGAUGACUUGACAAAAAAUGGGCCUAAACCAAUCCUGCCUUACAGUUCCAUGUUCAUCCUCAGCCCCACAAAUCCGAUCCGGCGCCUGUUCCACUACAUCGUCAACCUGCGCUACUUCGAGAUGGUGAUCCUGAUCGUCAUCGCCCUCAGCAGCAUCGCCCUGGCUGCAGAGGAUCCUGUCCAAGCUGAGUCUCCCAGGAACGACGCUCUGAAAUACCUGGAUUAUAUAUUUACAGGAGUCUUCACCUUUGAGAUGGUGAUCAAGAUGAUUGAUCUGGGGCUGCUGCUCCACCCUGGCUCCUACUUCCGUGACCUGUGGAACAUCCUGGACUUCAUUGUGGUCAGUGGGGCCUUGGUGGCUUUUGCCUUCUCAGGAACCAAAGGCAAGGACAUCAACACCAUCAAGUCCCUGCGAGUCCUGCGUGUGCUCAGGCCUCUGAAGACCAUUAAACGUCUGCCAAAACUAAAGGCCGUCUUUGACUGCGUGGUGAACUCCCUGAAGAACGUCCUCAACAUCCUCAUUGUUUACAUGCUCUUCAUGUUCAUCUUUGCCGUCAUUGCCGUGCAGCUCUUCAAGGGCCGCUUCUUCUACUGCACAGACGAGUCCAAGGAGCUGGAGAAGGACUGCAGGGGUCAGUACCUCGAUUAUGAAAAAAAUGAGGUGGAGGCACAGCCCAGGGAAUGGAAAAAAUACGAGUUCCACUACGACAACGUGCUCUGGGCUCUGCUCACGCUCUUCACCGUGUCCACAGGGGAAGGGUGGCCAACCGUGCUGAAGCACUCGGUGGAUGCCACCUACGAGGAACAGGGGCCCAGCCCUGGCUACCGGAUGGAAAUGUCCAUCUUUUACGUGGUGUAUUUUGUUGUCUUCCCUUUUUUCUUUGUCAACAUCUUUGUGGCGUUAAUCAUCAUCACCUUCCAGGAGCAAGGAGAUAAAGUGAUGUCAGAGUGCAGCCUCGAGAAAAACGAGAGGGCCUGCAUAGACUUUGCCAUAAGUGCCAAGCCCCUGACCCGCUACAUGCCUCAGAACAAGCAAUCCUUCCAGUACAAGAUGUGGAAAUUCGUGGUGUCCCCUCCCUUUGAGUAUUUUAUCAUGGUCAUGAUUGCUCUCAACACCAUCGUCCUCAUGAUGAAGUUCUAUGAUGCUCCAGAAGCAUAUGAAGAAAUGCUGAAAUGCCUGAAUAUUGUGUUUACAUCCAUGUUUUCCAUGGAAUGUGUGCUGAAGAUCAUUGCCUUUGGUGUGCUGAAUUAUUUCCGAGAUGCCUGGAAUGUCUUUGAUUUUGUAACAGUGUUGGGAAGUAUUACUGAUAUUUUAGUAACAGAGAUUGCGGUAAGUACAGACAACUUCAUCAACCUCAGCUUCCUGCGGCUCUUCAGGGCAGCCAGGCUCAUCAAGCUCCUCCGCCAGGGCUACACCAUCCGCAUCCUGCUCUGGACAUUCGUGCAGUCCUUCAAGGCCUUGCCUUAUGUGUGUCUCCUCAUUGCAAUGCUCUUCUUCAUCUAUGCCAUUAUUGGCAUGCAGGUAUUUGGGAACAUUGCCUUAGAUGAUGAAACCUCCAUUAAUCGGCACAACAACUUCCGCACCUUCCUCCAAGCCCUGAUGCUCCUGUUCAGGAGCGCUACAGGGGAAGCCUGGCACGAGAUCAUGUUGUCCUGCUUGAGCAACAGAGCCUGUGACCCCCUCUCUGGCCUCACCAAAAAGGAAUGUGGCAGUGAUUUUGCCUAUUUCUACUUCGUGUCCUUCAUUUUCCUCUGCUCCUUCCUGAUGCUGAACCUGUUCGUGGCGGUGAUCAUGGACAAUUUCGAGUACCUGACCCGGGACUCCUCCAUCCUCGGGCCGCACCACCUGGACGAGUUUGUCCGGGUGUGGGCUGAGUACGACCCCGCAGCCUGCGGGCGCAUCAGUUACACAGACAUGUAUGAGAUGCUGAGACACAUGUCCCCACCUCUAGGCCUUGGGAAGAAAUGCCCAGCUCGUGUUGCCUAUAAGCGCCUGGUGAGGAUGAACAUGCCCAUCUCCCCCGAGGAUUUAACCGUGCACUUCACCUCCACGCUGAUGGCCCUGAUCCGCACGGCCCUGGAGAUCAAACUGGCCUCAGGCGGUGUGAAGCAGCACCAGUGCGAUGCUGAGCUGAGGAAGGAGAUCUCGCUGGUCUGGCCCAACCUGUCCCAGAAGACUCUGGAUUUGCUGGUGCCUCCUCACAAACCUGAUGAAAUGACUGUGGGGAAGGUCUACGCAGCCCUGAUGAUAUUUGACUUCUACAAGCAGAAUAAGAACAGCAGGGAGCAAGUCCAGCCCCCCGGGGGCCUGUGCCAGCCCGGGCCAGUGUCCCUCUUCCACCCCUUGAAGGCCACCCUGGAGCAGACCCAGCCCGCGGCCUUCAGCAACGCCAAGGCCUUCCUGCGCCAGAAGAGCUCGGCCUCCCUCAACAACGGGGGAGCCUUGCCACCCCCAGAGGGAGGGAUCAAAGAGUCCAGUUCUUGGGGGACCCAGCGCACCCAGGACGUGUUUUAUGAAACCAGGAGCCCGGCUUUUGAGCGAGGCCACUCUGAGGAGAUCCCCAUUGAGAGGACAGGGGGACCUGCAUUAGUGGUAGAAAUGAAGGAGAUCAGCCCCACAGUUGCCAACGGAGAGCCCCAGCCAGGCCUGGAGAGCCAGGGCCGGGCGGCCUCCAUGCCACGCCUGGCUGCUGAAACCCAGCCCAUCCCGGACACGAGCCCCAUGAAGCGCUCGGUCUCCACGCUGACCCCGCAGCGCCCUCACGCCAUGCACCUCUACGAGUAUUCCUUGGAGCGGAUGCCUCCGGAGCAGGGCCACCACCACCACCACCACCGCUGCCACCGGCGGAAAGAGAAGAAGCAGAAGUCCUUGGAUAGGGCCGCCCAUCACUUGGCUGAUGGACAAGCUGGACCUCCUCACCCCACACACGCUGGUGACCCCCUUUCCAACAUUCUCCUUUCAGUAGCCCAGUCUGGAGAGUCUUCUUCCAAGGACAAGAAGCAGGAGCGUGGCCGCUCCCAGGAGAGGAAGCAGCACUCCUCCUCCUCCUCCGAAAAGCAGCGCUUCUACUCCUGCGACCGCUACGGCAGCCGGGACCGAGCCCACCCCAAAUCUGCUGACCAGAGCAGGCCCACCUCCCCCAACGGGGGCCCAGAGCACGGCCCACACAGACAGGGCAGUGGUUCAGUUAAUGGGAGCCCCUUGCUGUCGACAUCUGGUGCUAGUACCCCCUGCCGGGGUCGGAGGCAGCUCCCACAGACUCCACUGACCCCACGCCCCAGCAUCACUUACAAGACCGCUAACUCCUCGCCCGUGCACUUCACCACUUUCCAAACCCCCACGUUCUCCCCGGGCCGCCUGAGCCGCGGGCUGUCCGAGCACAACGCGCUGCUGCGGGGGGAGCAGCAGCCGCCCCCGCCCGCCGUGGCCCGCAUCGGCUCCGACCCCUACCUGGGCCACCGCGACGCCGCCGCCGACAGCCCGCAGCGCGCCGCGCCCGAGGACACGCUCACCUUCGAGGAGGCCGUGGCCACCAACUCGGGCCGCUCCUCAAGGACUUCCUACGUCUCCUCCCUGACCUCGCAGUCGCACCAAAUCCGCCGGGUGCCCAACGGGUACCACUACACGCUGGGGCUCAACACGGGCCCCGGCGCCAGAGGACGCAGUUACUACCACGAAGCCGAUGAGGAUGACUGGUGCUAGCGGCUCGGCGGAACCCUGCGAGGUGUGCGUGCUUAAUAAGGAUGAGUUUUAUCAUCUGGAGGGCUGGGAGCUCCCGUGGGGGCCCGGGGCCAGAGGCGGCCGGCGGGGCAGCCCUGAGGACUGCUCAGCGCCCGGGGCCGGAGAUGCCCCUGCAGCCUCUCUCUCCUCUGUUGUUCUUUAGUUUUUUCCUUUUUGAUUUGGUUUUUUUUUUUUUGCACUAGACAGAUGGAGGAAGAAGGCUCCCUCCUUCUGGGGAAGGCAGCGGGAGGAGCACAUCCCUCUCUGCCCCCUCCCCACUGCCUUGUCUAGUCCCGAGACACGCACCAGGCGCCAACCCGGCCACGGAGGCGAGGAGCCGGGAGAAGAGCGAUCCUCACCUUCCACGGUGGAAAAGCAGAACUGUGGGUCCUUCUCACGAUUGGCACAGUUUUGUUGGGCUAUUUCUUAAUUAAUUUUCCAUCAUAAUUCCCCCCUGCCAGGGUGGGAGCCGGGGGUCUCAAAGGGACUCGCGCAAACAACGCUCGCCCCCUGCGUUUUGUCUCGUUGAGCGCUGAGAAGGAAGAGAUGCACCCAAGAAACUGGGAGAGGAGAAACACAGCCCAGAACAAAGGACAGUCCUUUGGGACUUGAUGUUCAGCCACUGCAAUCCUUUAGGGCAGAGCUGGUGCCACCCCCGAGCUGACCCUGCUGUGACACCACUGCCCCGGGGGUCUCUAAUGUCACUCACCACCACAUCGGGUCCUUCACACUGACACACGGUAAAGCCACAAGAGAGCUCCUUUGUAAGGACUGUUUCCUUGCUGCUGAGACUUUUCAAUCCAUCCCUCUCUCCUGUUGACUGCAACACACCCUCACUGUUUUGUCUUGUUUACAAUAUAAGCUUGAUUUAGCAAAAAACAACUUAAAAAAAAAAAAGGUCCACAAAAAAAAAAACAA